AUGACGGCAAGUUGCCAGCGAGAUGAUGCUGAACCUGUUGAUCUGUCGCUCAGAAGUUUGGUGAAGUUCCAUUCAGAAUGCAUGCACUCCGACAAUCAGGCAAAGUUUGCCGCGCGGCAGAGAGGAACCGAAGUACACAGCACCACGCCGUUCAGUUCGAUGGCGACAACAAACCCCCACUUCAAGGCGAUCGUGAAUGCGAUUCAGCAGAACGACAUGAUCCUUUUGAAGAGGUUGAUGCGAUUGGAAACUGGUGCUCAGAGCAAUUUUUAUCGCCGCCACGUGAAUGUCGAUGUGCAUGAUGACCUCGGGAGGACUCCCUUGCAUUUCGCCUGCGCCCUUGGAAAUCAAAACGCGGUCGAUAUUCUACUUGAUGCAAACGCAAACCUGUCUUCUAUCUCAGCUGAAGGGAAGACCCCACUAAUCCAUGCCGUUGAGCGAGGACACACAGGACUAGCCUCGGAGCUGCUCAUCAGGCUAGCCCUUGGUAGGAUGGGCCCUGAGUCGCAAGCGGUUCAUGGGGGGAGAUACAUAGAACACGACGAUCUUUCUGCUAUGAUGUCUGCGUCGCAAUACAGAGGUCCCCACGUGAUAGACUCAUUUGGAGAUGACGGAGGGUUUGGACUCACAUACCCUCACCGCGGGUCCCUCCCUCGAAAAUCGAUUCAGCGUGCAGCUUUCGGUCCCAGUGAGCUUCCUCAGUCCCUCUACCCGAUGUGGAUGCCAGGAAACAAAGGAGUGCUGGGGGCCGGGGAGGAAAUGAGAAUGCCGAGCAGAAUCUCGUGGUCGAAAUCAACCAACGAGUUACUCGGGGAGGCAAGACCUCACCUGGCUCCCAGCGUGCGGACUAGAGCAGAACCCGAGACAUCAGGUGUGUUCGAUGGGCUCAGGGGACAGUACCAUACAGGUCCAAUGAACAUCCGUCCAGAGUCGAGCUCGCAAGAUCGGCAGAUGAGAGAAGCAGCCAAUCAAUCCAACGUGAAUCGUAGGCCGGAAGAAGAUGCUCCUUCCAUGCUGAGGCGGCAAGACGAAGCUCCAGCCCCCAUUAGUCAAGCGUUCAGUGAAAAGGCGAUGCUGGAAGAGAUCCUUCUUGAAGUUGAGACAAACAACAGGCUGCAGGCGAACGAGGCUGUUCCAGACGUUGUUGGGUCACAUAAGACCUUGGGAUCGCAAAAGAAUGCGCAAGAAAGAGCAAAAAGUAGACGGGAGUGGUCGGCUGGUGAUCAGCAUUGGAGCUCUAUGUUCUGGUGA